AGGGGCAGUCUUUGGGAAAUCUCCGGCCACAUAACUACAAUCAGAAAACCAAACAUUAGCCUUACAGCAACACCCCCCGACACAAACUCCACACAAACAGCCUGGACUUCACCACAGCAGCCUGGGCUGGCCGUGUAAACGUAAACCAGAGCUAUUUUAUUUCAUUUUAUUUGAUUUUUUCGGGUUUAUAAGUCGCUGUGGUCGUUUUUCUUCCUGUUUUUUUUUUUUUUUUUUUUUUACUUCAACGGCUCGCCGAGCUUCAUGUUAGUGCUGCUCGCUCGUUAUUACGUUAGAUAUGGCGAAUUGACUUGACGAUGAGACUCCAGUCGGCGCUCCUGCUUCUCUCCGGCUUGUUUGCUGUCAAAGUCCAGUGUGUUCAAGAACCUGAGAUAUGUCCUCGGAAAGAACCUCCUCCUGGUGUGCUGGCUCUGACCAUGGGUAGCGAGGUCAUCCUGGGCUGCACUGGCGAUAUCACUGUGGAUGGCGUGCCUUUAGAGAUGGAUACAAAGCAGAAAGAGAGGCUCAGGAGAAGAGGAGGCAAAACUGGCCUUUGGACAUACCAAAGGGAGGGAGGUAAUACCGGUACUACUGGAACAAGCCAUUCUACCAUCAGGAACACUGCUGUAACUGGCAUGUACCAAAACAAGACUGCCACUGGAACAUAUGCUGAAACCAAAGGGGAACCUGUAACUACUGUUAAAACUCCUACGAUCACGACGGAGGAGCAGACGAGGAAUGGGCGUGACUUGGCCGUCAGUCAUUCCACCCAGCCGAACAGAGUGGGCAGAGUUGCAGAAGAAGGAGGUGCUUUUAGUGUAACCAUGGAAAUGGGGAUGAGCUCUGAGAGGGGCACGAGCAUGGAGUAUGAGGACUAUGAGGACUACGAGGACAAGGAGGAGGGGCUGCGGGUGACCAGAGGCAUUAAAAGACAGACACGCUGGACUCGGAAUGGCCAGAAAGUUAGGGGUGUGAAAAGAGGAGGGGUUUUGAGACUGCCCGCCCUCCGACCGACCGACUCAGGAAACUACAGCUGCUACAGAGGAGGCCAACUCAUCUCAACUGUUCAGAUCAGUGUGGGAGUUCCCCCAGAGACUCCCACUCUGUCCUGCCGCAAGAAAUUCCACACUAGCAAAUUGCGCUGUGAGUGGAUAUCCAGAAAGCCUAUAAUUCCUCGCCCUGUGUGUUACCUGCUCAUAAAGACAGGGUUGCGAGAUUUCUCUCGUGUUCAAUGCUCAUACUCUGCUGAGCGAUCUCGUUGUUGGUGCGCUCUGUCCAGUGACGAGGGCGACAAAGACACCUACGUAGCCAAACUGUGUGUGACCAACACAGCGGGAAAUACCACCAGUCAACCCCACCCUUUCACCCUACAGAACAUCAUCAAACCAGACCCUCCUGCCAAAGUGGAGGUGAAAUCUGCUGACAGUCGGCCACACACUCUGGGCAUUUCAUGGUCAUAUCCUGCCACCUGGAAACGGGGCUAUUACUCUCUCCAGUUCGAGAUCAGAUAUCGGCCUUCUCUUGCCAAAUAUUACCAGUAUGUGGAGAUAGACGUUGAGCAUGAGGCGCUUGUAUGGUGGAUUAUGGAUGCUCUGCCACACACUCAGUAUGAAGUACAACUGCGAGCCAAAGAUGAAUUUGAUGGUGUCUGGAGUGAAUGGACCGAUCCUGUGUAUGGACACACGUGGACAGCUCCGAAGCCGACCAUCGUUUCCGACGUCGAUGCGACUCUAGAACCCUUCUGGACGGUUCCUGAAGGAUCUGGAUCUGAGGGUGAUUCAAAAGAGGAGGCACCUGAAGCCCCUAACAUAGCGUGGGUGUAUGUGCUGUGGGUGUUCGGGCUGUGUCUCCUCGUCACCGUCAUCGUAAUCUUUGCCUUCUUACUCAGGCACAGAUUACGGUUCAUGUCUAAAAUGGACAAGCCGAGCUACUCUCCUCCCUGCUCGUGCUCGUCGCCUCCCCCAGCCGCCCUCAAUCAGCCCCUCAUGGCUCCUCGUCAGCAAAGCCAGCAUCACUUCCUGCCUGCAGGGGAAGAGGAAGGAAAAGGCAUUAAUUUACAUAACUUUGAUUAUUUUUUCCCUCAUGGGCAGUGAAAUGGACUUGAGAGGUCAGAGACUUUAGCAGACAAGCUGAUCACAACGCUGUAUCAAAGGCCAGUAUUCAUUUAACAACUGGCCACCCAAAUUCUUUCUUCAUUUCCCUCUCUCUAUCCUCCCUCUCUCUCUCUCUCUCUCUCAGGGCUAGUAUAACUGCCUCAGAUUGGCCAUGCUGCCAGUAAGAGGAGGAAAUUCCAUGUUGUGUCCUACAUAUAACUUCUCAGAACAAAACCUCUUUUUUGUCGUUUUUGCCAUAAUUUGGAAAUACCGGUGACACUGGUUCCAUUAAUUUACAUUAAAAGUAGAGCAUGUUUUUUCCGUCGCCUGUAAAGUUAACAUUCUGGAGAUAUAAGAUAGAUUUUCUUCCGACAACAGCGAUAAUCACGUUAUCAUUGAGUGUUACAUGCUCUUAAUAAUCCGAUACCUGCAGAAAAUCCGAUUUUGUCAAUAAUUUGUUUAAUGGGAAAACACCAGAUCUUAAUGAGCCGGGCAGUAAGCAGAUUUCUGCUUUGCAACCGGCCAGUUUUUUUUUUUUUUACACAACAUAGAGUUACUUUAGCUGUGAAUAUGAGUAUACACCAUCUAGAAGAUGGAGAAUAUUCAAAUUCUUCAUUUCAUCACACGUACAGUUCAGUUUAACCAGCGCUCUCAAAGUGUUUUGCCGUCUGUCAGGUGUUCUGUUAGAUCUGUGAAUGUUUUUUGAGGUUUACAGACAGCCCUGCAAGAUUUCAUCCCACCCCCACCCACUCCUGCAGUACAUCGGAAUCAUUUGUCCCGCUCCCGCCUGUAAUUGACAUAAUUUGUCCCGCUCCCGCACAAUGUAAUUGACAUAAUUUGUCCCGCACAGUUCUGUCAAGGUGAACUCACAUCCAACAUCUGACAUAGUCUAUUCGCAAAUACAUUAUUCUUUGCCAAAAUAACACAACACUUAGGGUCUCCACCAAACGCUGCUCAUUCCCAGUCAACAUAAAGCAGGAAUUAAACCACAGAGCGGUUCUUUUUGGUGUCUUUUUGGUGCCACACCCACUCCUACGUGCAACACUGAACAUUAGUCACACGCCACAAGAUAUUGUGGUGGGUCCCACAGGAAUCCGUGAGAGUGCAGACCUCUAGGAUAAGGCUUGCAAGUCUGUAACUGCUGGCAGUUACAUGCUGUUUAAAAAAGGCUGUAAAAAUCCAAUUAUCCAAUGUUUGUACAGUUUUAAGGAGGAACAAGAGGAAAAUUAAACAAUAGGUAAAACCAGUAUAAAGAUUUAAUUGGCUGACGUCCAGUCGGCUGCUUGUUACUAUGCAGUUUAUGUUGUCACUAUACACUGGUUGUUGUUGUUGUUGUUUAAUGCUUAUAACUGCUCAAAGAAACAGCAUGGAAUUUUAAUCCCAUCUGCAGGGCAGCCGGUUUUGAUGGUGUUAAUACUGAAUGUCGUCUUCAGCUGCCAUUGAACUACUAUACUAUGCAAAACUGGCUGAAACACCGGUCGUCUCUUGUACGUAUGCAGGCAUUUAUUUCCUUCCCAGCAUAAGCUUUAAAAGAUUUUGUACAUAAUCUGAACUACUGAAGGUUUGUGCUUUGUGUGUGUUCAUUUUAAUAAAGAAUGUUUUAUUUUUAAA